GAGAGUAGAUCUUGAUUCUAGCAUGGUCGAGUUGACCUGUUUGAAAUAAAUACGGUUGUCGACGUUUGUUUUUUUUUAAUUGACAAUAAUGGCUUCGACAGUUUUUGACUGUUUUUCGAAAUUGCUAAAGGACAACACUAACGAGAGGCUUAAUGGUGGAUAUAGAUUGUUACAGCAUCUAGAUGCGGAGAUUCAGAAAAAUGGAGAAAGCAAAGAAUUUAAUCAUACUCUUCAAAGACUUAUACGAGGUUUGGGAUCAUCCAAAAUUGCUUCUAGAAAGGGAUUCUACACAACAUUUACAGUUUAUUUGUCCCUAAACCCUGAUACAAGUGUGGAUAAAAUUUUUAAUAUAAUGGAUAUUGAAUUAAAAACAAGUUCUAGCAGUACUAAAAGUGAAGUAGCUGAUGUAAAUAAUGGGCGUAUUUUGGCUUGUGGAGCAAUAAUUCGAUCAGGAAUACUGAAAAAUUUAUCUCUUAAAGAUCAAAAAAAAGUUUUAGAAUGUUUGUUUAACUCUGGAAAGAUCAGAAGCUAUCUCAGUUUUGAAUCAGUUUCUUUUAUUGUUGAAUUUUUAAAGCAACUAGAAGAUGAAAAUUCUUUAACACCACUAUGGCCUAUAUUUGAAAAAGAAAUUUGCACCCCAUUUAAAGAACAAAAUUUAGAUUCAUUUUAUGUAUUGCUUGUAAUUCAAGAUAAAUUUCCACAAACUUUGACAAAGAAAGUUUUACAAACACACCUAGGCUAUGAAACUAUUGUAAAUAAAGAAUCUAUUGAAGAUAUUGUGAAAAUUCUAACAAAUAUUCCAAGAGUAAUGUGCUAUAAGCAUCCAGUUUACGAAUUAUUCUGUGAAAAAUUGGUAGCAUCAGAUUGUGUUGAACAAUUUUGGUCAAAUAUUGACCAGUGCUUUAUCAAACCUUCGAAGACAGAUGAGUUCUUGGGAGUAGAAUUGUUCAAUAUUCUCUUAAAUACUACAAAGGAUGAAUCAAUAAUAGUUAAUCUGCUAUCUCCACACUUUUUAAGGCACAUCUUGAAAAGAUUUUCAUACAGUGCAAUUCACAGAAAUGAUGAUGUAUCAAUUGGUUUCAGAAAAGCUUUAACUCAACUAGUUACAGUACUUUCUGAAAAUACAAAGUCAAAAGUGCACUUUAAUGUUAUCAAAAAAUUAAUUCUCUAUCCAGGCGAUCUUAUGAUUGAAAAAAUUACCAAUACAAAAGUUCUUCAAAUGAUAACAAGUCAAAUGGGUUCUGAUGGAUUAAAAAAGUUGGCAAAUCUGUACAAAGAGAUUGCAGCAAAUACUAAAUUUAAAGAGAAAGCAAAUGGUGUUAAGGAGUCUUGGACAAAUAAUGAAAGAACUUAUGUUACACAGUUACUUGCUACCAAAUUAAUAAGCCAUAAAGCUAUGAUUUCUGAUCAUGAAUGGAGACUGGAACAACUAAAAUUUUUGUUCAACAAUGGCUUGUGUGACAUGUCUAAUGUUGGUAUUGAACUAGCUCCUUACAUAAAAGAAAGUUUCUAUCGAGCUCUCGAUACCAAACUUGAAUCACUUACUGAUUUAAGAACAGUACUAAGUACUCUUGUUACCUAUAUCAAUGAAACAAUUUUUGAAAACUCGGAAGUUAAGUUGAGAGUUUCAUUGGAUCAAACAGCAAAAGAAGCUUGGGUAAAGAUGUUGAAACUUGUGGAAAAAUUGGAUAAAGGUUCUAAAUUUGAUCACAAUAUCAACGCAGUUUUCCACAUGAUGAUCCUUCACAUGGGUUUACAGCUAUUCUCUGAUCCUAAAAUGGCUAUUUCAUCUAUCAAUGAAUUGCAUAGUUGCUACGAACACCUGAAAGAAAAAAAAAAGUCUAAAAAACACAAUAGCAGCAAAGUUAUUGAUGAUGAUCUCGAAUGGGUGGAAGUUGUAGUUGACUUAUUAUUGUCUCUGCUAUCUCGACAAAGUCACCUUCUACGCUCACUGGUUGGGUGUGUGUUCCCUCACAUCUGUCCACAUUUGACUGCCAACGCAAUACAUCAGAUUUUAGCUAUCCUCGACAUUAAGAGUGGUAAGAAUCCUUUAUCAUGCUCGAAAAACGAAGAUGAUGAAUCUGAAUCCGAUAACGAAGAUGAAGAGGAAGAUGACGACGAUAAAAAUGAGAGCGAAAGUGACGAAGAGGAAAAUAGUGAGGAUGAUGAGAGCGAUGAGGAAAACGAUAUUGAUAUUGAGGAAUCGGACGCUGAAAACGAAACCGUCACCGAUCGUCUCAGGCUAGCUGUAAGUCAAGCUCUUGGUGACGUCGCAAUGCAAACCGACGACGAAGACAUUGAUGUAGAUAACAUUGAUGAGGAAGAAGGCAAACGUCUUGAUGAAUCACUUGCCGCUGCUUUUAAGAUUCUUAAGGAGAAUCAUGCAAAAACACAGUCGAAGAAACAAGAGAAAGAUGCACAAGCUCUCACCCAUUUCAGGAUAAGAGUCAUUGAUUUACUUGAGUGCUAUCUUGAUAAUAGUCCUUCAAUGGCCUUGGCGUUAGAUAUGCUUGUACCGCUUUUUGCUUUACUGGAGUUUACCAUUAAAGAUCAACAUCAGAAACCUUUGCAAAACAGAGUUCGAACCUGCUUGAAGAAAUUGUCGCUAGUGAAAAAAUUUCAGAGCAUUGAGGAUGUUAAUGGCGAGCUUUUGACUAUAGUUUUAAAGACGCUCAUAGUAAAAGGUGAAAGGUCAGCAGCUGUAUGUCAAGAAAUGGGCGACAAAUUGGCACAAUGCUGCGUAUUUCUUGUAAGAUGUUCACAACAAGUUGAAGGAUCAACUGACUCGUUCAUCAAAAUAUUUGGCGAAAAUUUGUCAGCUUAUUUCAAAAAGCGAGAUUGUAUUCUUCCGGCUAUCUUAUUCAAAAGUUUGUUACAGCUUUGUUGGGUCGGCAAUUGGCAUCUUGUACCUCUUUUAGUGGACUUUGCUUUCGACGAAUCAGUCAGAUCAUAUAAAAGAGGACAAGCUCUCGACUUUUUAAAAACAUUUUAUUCAAAUACAAGAAUAAUCAAUGCGGACGAUCAUAAAAACACAAGACUCAAGAUGGAAAAAAGGCUGUGUCAAUCAAGCAUAAGCAUCCUUGUUGAAUUAAGUGCUACACAAGAAACUGAAAACGGAAAACAAAUAUCAAAAGUUGUUAAAGACUUGAAGCAAAAAUUUAUUUGUAAUCUCUUGUUAUUGUUAUUCACUAUUGAAACACAUCACAUACCCGAAGCUUGGGAUUGGACAAAAAUAGGCGAAUGUAUGGCGGCGUACAGAUCUUCUAAUUCACUGUCGAAUGACGCUAAAAGUGCAUACAACAAAUUAGCUAAUCGAAUCCAUGCUCCUGUUACAUCAAAGCAACAAGUCAAAAUACCUAGACUCAGCAGCGAAAAUCAUGAUUCCGAUUCGAGCGAGGAUGAAAUACAAAACAGUGAUAGCCACAAUGACAGUCAAAUAGAAACAACGAAAGAAUCACAAAAGAAAAAUGACAAAAAGAGGAAAAAGAAUAGUAGUAAGAAGAAGAAUAAACAAAAGUUAAAAAAAGAAGCACGAGAAUUAAGAGCGAAAGCUAUGUCGGAAGGUUUGGAAUCUCUUGAUUUCAGUAACGUGUAUAUACCUAAUGGAAUUAGCUCAUUGGACGAACCUGUGACAAAUGGAGUACCAGAGGAAAUGAAUAGCAAAAAAGAAAAAAAUAAAAAAUACAAAAGGUCACAUGGAAAUUCAACAGAUAUUCCUAGUAAAAAGAAGAAAAAAGAUUCUCAGAACGGAGACUGAUAGAGAAAUUGUAUAAGUUUAUAUUUAUGGGAGAAAAAGCAACAGUGGAACAAUGAUUGUUAUUUUUAUAUACAUUUAUGUAUCAAUGCUGUGUGUAAAUAAUACAUACAAAUAAAUAUCAAUUAACGAUUUUCGAAUUACAAAUGUUACAUUAAUCGAUUUUUUAUCCUCUAUGUAUACAAGUUUUAUUGAUACUUGAA